AUGAUCUUUUCUCAUUUUCUUGGUGUUCUUCCGUUUAGGGGGGAAGAAAGCAAGCAGAAAUGGGGAGAUUGUUCAUUGAGGACGCGAAGGGAGAGAAGGUGCUCAUGUGCAAGGGCUGCAGGGUCGAUUCCGCUUCCUAAGAUGACAUCCAGUCCAAGGAGUUUCAGGGUCGCUAUGGCCGCGCUUAUCUCUUCAGGAAAGUGGUCAAUAUAUUCUUGCAUGCAGCUAGUCGGUUGGAGAUAUGAGAUAGCUAAGGAGGAGAGCCAGAAGUACAAAGAAGGAAUGUUCAUCCUUGAAAAGGAGCGGAUGGAGAAAAAGGGUGGAUGA